CCAUGGAGAUUACAUUUAACAUCCAAAAAUUUUAGCACUUUAUUUUGAAUUUAUACGAGUUUGACUUCCAUAACAUGCAAGAGUGCGCUUGCUUCACGGCCCUUCCCACGGCUUUGGGUUAUUUUGUCUCUUAAUUACAUUGUGUACCCCCAAACAAAAAAAUACUUCUUUUAAAUGCAUUAGCUUCUUAAAUUGUGUAGAAAAAUGUGGAGUCACAAACCAAAGUCACAAUAAUACUAGUUUGUAGAAUAAUAAUUUUUUAAAUGUAUUUAUCUCUUAAAUCAUGUGGAAAACAAAAAGUAGUUAUGAACCAUAGUUACAGUACUUGCUUUUGUGAUUGCCCCCAUAUUUACUUAAUCAAGAUGUUUGUUUCUUCAUGUUGUCAACAGCACUUCAGAGGGGCCCUUGGGCAACUGGGACUCCAGGCCACAUCCCCAGGCAUGGGGAGCUCUAGUCUCUCCCUCUGUUUCCAUUUUUUGUUCUCAGUAAACAGAUAGAUGCAACUUGCCCUAUCGUUCUCUGCCCCUGGUAGCCCCAAGUCAGGACAGCACGUGUGUGUAUACAUAUGAGCACACACAUGCACACUGUACACACACGCUCAUGCUCCCCGGCUGCCCUUCUUGCCUUCCUCGGGACGGCCACACAUCAGAAGCCUCUCCCCAGGAGAGCUCUUGGCCAUGGGCCCACCUGCAGAGCCUGCCCUCUGUGCAGGGGUCCUGUGUGACUGUCCCACCUUCUGUUAGAAGCAAUGACCAUACUAUAGGGGACUUGGGAGAAAGGCCUUGGGGUGGUUUCCUUGGCCCAGACUGUGGCUCCAAAGUCCAGGCUCUGCCCACACAGUGGGGGUGCCAGGACGUCUCCAGUGAGCAAAGCCCCUUCAUGAGUGGGUGCCCCUUCUGUGCUGGCAGUGAACUCCCUGGAUGCAGAGGUGGCCCUGCUCCCAACACCUCAGCCUGGGGAGGUGAGGCAUCACAAGCAGAGGGCCCAUGUCUUCCCAUCAUGGCCUCCAGUCUCCCAGGGAAGGCAGGAAAUGAGGGAGCGUGCUGUCACGGAGGUGGGGCUGCUACAGCUCCUCGGGGAUCCCCCACCCCUACAAGUGGUGCAGAUCGAGGACCCUGAGGUCGGGCUGGCCUACCAGUUUGGGCCAGAUGCCAACAGUGGCCAGGUGGCCCUCUACCAUGUCUCCAGUCCCUUCUUCCGAGACUUCUCACUGCUAUUCCACGUCCGGCCAGCCACGGAGGAUGCGGGGGUACUGUUCGCCAUCACGGACGCGGCGCAGACAGUGGUCUUGCUGGGCGUGAAGCUCUCCAAGGUGCAGGAUGGGCACCAGUAUAUUGAACUACUCUACACGGAGCCGGGCAUGGCCCAGACCCAUACAGCUGCCAGCUUCCACCACCCCGCCAUGGUUGGCCAGUGGACCCGCUUUGCACUCAGUGUGGACAGCAGCUCUGUGGCACUCUACGUGGACUGUGAGGAGGUCCAGAGGAUGCCACUCGCCCGAUCCUCGCGGGGCCUAGAGCUGGAGCCUGGCGCCGGCCUCUUUGUAGCUCAGGCUGGAGGAGCAGACCCCAACAAGUUCCAGGGGAUGAUCGCAGAGCUGAAGGUGCGUGGGGACCCCCAGGUGAGCCCCCAGCACUGCCUGGACGAGGACGAUGAUGACAUGGAUGGGGCGUCUGGGGACUUUGGCAGUGGGCGUGAGGAGAACCGGGAGCUGCCCAGGGAAGACACGGGUGCAGCCCUAGAGCCCAGCCUCCCCAGGCCUCCCCCUGUCACUUCCCCACCCUUGGCUGGAGGCGGCAGCGUGGAAGAUUCCAGAACCAAAGAAACUGAGGAAGAAUCCACAACGGCUUCAUCAGGAGUUCAGAUCCUCCCUGGCUCAGAUGAAGUUUCCAGGAGGGAUGGGAGUGUCUGGAGCCCUGGGGGAUCCCUGAAGGAGGGAGGCCUGAAGGGGCAGAAGGGGGAGCCCGGUGCUCCAGGCCUGCCUGGCUCAAUAGGCCCCCCCGGCCCUCCAUGCGUGGUUGGACCUCCAGGCCUCCCGUGCCCCUUCAGCCCCCAGAGUCCCCAGGGACCUGUGGGCCCAGGGGCUCUGAGUCCACAUGCACAGCCUGUCCCUGGGCCGCAGGGACCCCCAGGUCUCCCAGGAAAGGACGGUGCCCCAGGAAAGGACGGCCGGCCAGGUGACCCAGGUGAAGAUGGAAAAGCUGGUGACAUUGGGCCACAGGGCUUCCCGGGGGCCCCAGGAGACAUGGGCCCCAAGGGUGAGAAGGGGGAUCCUGGGAUAGGAACGAGAGGACCCCCAGGACCCCAGGGGCCGCCAGGGCCACCAGGACCUUCCUUUGGACAUGACAGGCUGACCUUCAUUGACAUGGAAGGAUCCGGCUUCGGUGGUGACCUAGAGACCCUCCGGGGACCACGAGGUUUCCCUGGACCCCCUGGACCCCCUGGUGUCCCAGGCCUACCUGGCGAGCCAGGCCGCUUUGGGGUGAACAGCUCUGAUGUCCCAGGACCCCCAGGUCUUCCUGGUGUGCCUGGGCGUGAUGGGCCCCCUGGAUUUCCUGGGCCCCCGGGGCCCUCAGGUCCUCCAGGAAGAGAGGGGCCACCAGGAAAGCCCGGGCAGAAAGGCAGCCUUGGUGAUGUGGGUGCCCCCGGACCCAAGGGAAGCCUGGGAGACCCUGGUCCUGUUGGCGCCCCUGGAGAGAGCGGCUUGGCAGGAGCCCCUGGACCUGCUGGACCACCAGGCCUCCCUGGGCCCCCUGGGCCUCCUGGGCCUCCAGGACCAGGAUUCAUGGCUGGGUUUGAUGAUAUGGAAGGCUCUGGCGCUCCUUUCUGGUCAACACCCCGAAGCUCCGACGGGCUACAGGGACUGCCUGGCCUGCCCGGACUCAAGGGGGAUCCUGGAACACCUGGGCUGCCUGGGGCCAAGGGAGAAGUCGGAGCAGAUGGGGCCCCAGGGUUCCCUGGCCUCCCCGGCAGAGAGGGCUCCACCGGGCCUCAGGGACCAAAAGGAGACAGAGGAAGCCAAGGAGAAAAAGGCGACCGAGGUCAGGAUGGAGUAGGACAGCCAGGCCUCCGAGGGCCACCCGGACCCCCAGGGCCUGUGGUCUACGUGUCAGAGCAGAAUGGCGCUGUGCUGAGUGCGCCAGGGCCUAAGGGCCGGCCCGGCUACGCAGGCUUUCCUGGACCUGCUGGGCCCAAAGGUGACCUGGGUGCCAAAGGUGAGCAAGGCUUCCCUGGACCCAAGGGAGAGAAAGGUGAGCCUGGCAACAUCUUCAGCCCUGAUGGCAGAGCCAUGGUCCCUGCCCAGAAAGGAGCCAAGGGAGAGCCAGGCUUCCGAGGACCGCCGGGUCCCUAUGGACGACCAGGGCACAAGGGAGAGAUUGGCUUUCCUGGACGGCCGGGUCGGCCCGGGAUGAACGGUUUGAAAGGAGAAAAAGGGGAGCCAGGAGAGCCCAGCGUGGCGUUCGGCAUGAGGGGAAUGCCUGGCCCCCCUGGGCCUCCAGGGCCCCCAGGCCCUCCCGGGACUCCCAUCUACGACAACAAUGCAUUUGUCGAGUCUGGCCGGCCUGGGCCUCCAGGAUCACCAGGGUAUCAGGGGGCUCCUGGACCAAAGGGUGACAAGGGAGAAGUGGGCCCACCUGGACCUCCAGGGCAGUUCCCAUUCGACCUUCUUCACCUAGAGGCUGAAAUGAAGGGGGAGAAGGGAGACAGAGGGGACACUGGACAGAAAGGCGAGAGGGGCGAGCCGGGGGGUGGUGGCUUCUUCGGCUCCAGUGUGCCAGGCCCCCCCGGCCCCCCAGGCCCUCCAGGCUACCCAGGGGUCCCGGGCCCCAAAGGAGAGAGUAUCCAGGGCCCGCCUGGCCCACCUGGACCUCAGGGACCCCCUGGCAUUGGCUACGAGGGGCGCCAGGGCCCCCCUGGCCCACCAGGCCCACCAGGGCCCCCUUCAUUUCCUGGCCCCUACAGGCAGACGAUCAGCGUUCCCGGUCCCCCCGGGCCCCCUGGACCCCCGGGACCCCCUGGAAUCACUGGUGCUUCCUCAGGGGUGCGAGUCUGGGCCACGCACGAAGCCCUGCUGGACCAGGUGCACGAGGUGCCUGAGGGCUGGCUCAUCUUUGUGGCCGAGCGGGAGGAGCUCUAUGUCCGUGUCCGAAAUGGCUUCAGGAAGGUUCAACUGGAGGCCUGGACGCCACUCCCAAGAGGGACGGACAAUGAGGUGGCUGCCCUGCAGCCCCCACUGGUACAGCUGCACGACAGCAACCCACACCCCCGGCGGGAGCACCCCCACUCCACAGCACGGCCCUGGCGGGCAGAUGACAUCCUGGCCAGUCCCCCGCGCCUGCCCGCCCCGCAGCCCUACCCUGGGGCUCCACACCACGGCUCCUAUAUGCACCUCCGCCCAGCACGCCCCACAGGCCCACCUGCCCACACCCACCAGGACUUCCAGCCGGCGCUCCAUCUGGUUGCACUCAACAGCCCACUGUCAGGUGCUAUGCGUGGCAUCCGCGGGGCCGACUUCCAGUGCUUCCAGCAGGCACGAGCUGCGGGGCUGGUGGGCACCUUCCGGGCCUUCCUGUCCUCACGGCUGCAGGACCUCUACAGCAUCGUGCGCCGCGCUGACCGUGGGGUUGUGCCCAUUGUCAAUCUCAAGGACGAGGUACUGUUCCCCAGCUGGGAGGCCCUGUUCUCGGGCUCCGAGGCCCCACUGAAGUCCGGGGCCCGCCUCUUCUCCUUUGAUGGCAAAGAUGUCCUAAGACACCCAGCCUGGCCCCAGAAGAGCGUGUGGCACGGUUCAGACCCUAAUGGGCGUCGGCUGACCGAGAGCUACUGUGAGACGUGGCGGACAGAGGCCCCUGAGGCCACAGGCCAGGCUUCCUCACUGUUGGCAGGCAGGCUGCUGGGCCAGAAGGCUGUGAGCUGCCAUAGCACCUACAUCGUGCUCUGCAUUGAGAACAGCUUUGGGACUGCCUCCCAGUAGGCCUCUGUCCAAAUGUGCACGGCUGGGAGGACGGGUGGCAGGGGCCAGAGCAAGCCCUUGCUGUGGACAGGGAGCAUCUGGCCAGCACCCUGGGGACCUGGCUGGGGCAUGUCCUCGUGUAGAUCACAUUUCAUGUAAUCCUCAAGAAAUAAAAGGAAGCCAAAGAUUGUAUUUUUUAAAAA